ACACUCAUUAUGCGGGUUUCCUUUCCCGCACCGAGCCAGUCUGCUCCCUAAGUCCUGCCUUACACUUCACACAAAGACGAGAUGUUUGAAACAUCACCAGAGUCACUAUCUGGGGCCCGGAACGCCGGAUCGCCGGAUCGCAGGUAUUCAAUUUCGCCAGUACCCGACCAGGCGUCCUUCAAGAACCGUCUUAAGUCAUUUGAGUAUUCGUCUCUCGCGCAGACGGACGGUCCACGACGUUCCCCUCGAAUCUCCGAUAGGUCGUCCCCGCGGACCGCAACCAGCACCCCGAGCAGUACCCCAAUAAGAAGGAAACGAAAGGUCUCGAAUGGGCAGGACGAUCUUGAAGACAGCUCGGCUUUCGAGUCGCCUGUCUCUAGAAGCGGUUCAUCCACGCCCAGAUUGAAGAAGAGCCGGAGCACAACGAAAGAGCGGGCGGCAAAGGAUCCUUACAAUCCAGUCAACAAUCUGGUAGACAGUCUACGUCCAGGACUUACACUUGUCUGCAUUGGGCUCAAUCCAGGGCUCAUGACAGCUGCUACUGGCCAUGCUUAUGCCCAUCCGUCAAACCGAUUCUGGCAUCUCCUCCACGACAGUGGCGUUACACCGAAGAAGCAUGUUGCGGCCGAAACGAGAGACCUCCAGGAACUAUACUCAAUUGGCAAUACAAACAUAUGUGAGAGGCCGACCAGAAGCGGGGAUGGCCUUAGCAAGUUGGAACUCGAGGAAGGAGCCAUGACGCUCGAGAAGAAGAUUGCCAAAUAUAAGCCAGAAGCCGUGGUCAUUGUGGGCAAAGGAAUCUGGGAAGCCAUCUGGAUGGUCAAGAAAGGCCAGAAGAGAUUUAAAGACCUCGAUUUUCAUUGGGGCUGGCAAGACGAGGAUAUGCAGGUUGGCAGAACAGUCGACGCCGAGGGAGAGGUCAUCUGGGCAGGAUCGAAGACAUUCGUGGCCACUUCCACCAGCGGGCUUGCAGCAACCCUGAGACCACCCGAGAAACUUGCUAUCUGGAAGCCGCUGGGGGAGUGGAUGACCCGUAAGAGGCAUGAGACCGAAGCAUCAGGUCUGUCGCUGGGCUGAUUGAAAUUCUCUUUGUCCUCCCACUUUGCAACAUUGCUAGCCUGAGGCAGACAAUAUGAUCAUGUCGUCCUAGGUACUGCUGAUAUAUGCCUUGCCGCUUUUCUUGAGGGUCGAAGUCCGC